CUAACAGUAAAUUUUCUUCCAUUUUUGGUAUCACCGAUCUAAAACUAGGAAUCUCUCCAUAGGAGUAUCCAAGAACUCCUUGAGCUUCUUCCAUUGAUUGAUCAAAACCCCCAGAUUCACGAUUAAAACCCUAGAAAAUGAAAACCUGGCGACUCAUUCUUCUGCUUGCCAUUGCUAACUAGUAACAACAUACAUUGUUAAAAAUGGCGAAACCUACAUCAUCCUCAUCCCAUCUGCAAUCAUUGAAGAAGAAGAAAUGGGUGUUAUCGAUCUUAGCUCUGUUUUCGAUAUCCAGUCUAAUCGUCCUGCUGAUGCGUGCGAACAUUUCUCCUUCUUGUGAUGAUCGCCUCUUUUAUGGCAACAAGGAGUCGAAUCCGACCGUUAAAUCUUCUACUUCUUCGUCGUUGUCUUCGUCACUUUCUAGUCCCCUUUACUUCAUGAAGUCCAAACUCGUUCUAUUGGUAUCGCAUGAGCUUUCUCUUUCUGGUGGGCCUUUGCUGCUGAUGGAGUUGGCAUUUUUGUUAAGAGGUGUCGGAGCCGAAGUUGUGUGGAUAACUUAUCAAAAACCUGCUGAACCAGAUCAGGUUGUAUAUAGUUUGGAAAGUAAGAUGCUAGAUAGAAGAGUACAGAUUCUGCAUGCUAAGGGUCAAAAGGCUAUUGAUACUGCUUUGAAAGCUGAUUUAGUUGUUUUAAAUACUGCUGUUGCUGGGAAAUGGCUGGAUGCCGUUCUGAAAGAUAGUGUUACUCGUAUUCUUCCAAAGAUAUUGUGGUGGAUUCAUGAAAUGCGAGGACAUUACUUCAAGUUGGAGUAUGUGAAGCAUCUACCAUCAGUGGCAGCUGCUAUGAUUGACUCUCACACCACAGCAGAAUAUUGGCAAAACAGAACUAAAGAACGUUUGGGUAUAAAGAUGCCAGAUACUUUCGUCGUGCACCUUGGAAAUAGUAAGGACCUUAUGGAAGUUGCUGAGAACAGUGUGGCUAAAAGAGUUCUUCGUGAGCAUGUACGUGCAAAUCUUGGGGUGCAGAAUGAAGAUCUGCUUUUCGCUAUCAUAAAUAGUGUUUCUCGGGGAAAAGGUCAAGAUCUAUUUCUGCGUGCCUUCCAUGAAAGCUUGCAGAUUAUUAAAGAGAAGAAACUACAGGUGCCACCUAUGCAUGCAGUGGUAGUAGGAAGUGACAUGAGUGCACAAACUAAGUUUGAGACAGAACUCCGCAGCUUUGUUACUGAAAAAAAGAUUCAGAAUCGUGUCCAUUUCAUUAAUAAGACCUUGACAGUUGCUCCAUAUCUUGCCGCAAUUGAUGUUCUUGUCCAAAACUCACAGGCACGCGGAGAAUGUUUUGGGAGGAUAACCAUUGAGGCUAUGGCUUUUCGGCUUCCUGUGCUGGGAACAGCUGCUGGAGGCACCAUGGAAAUUGUGUUGAACAAGACAACGGGUUUGUUGCACCCUGCGGGAAAAGAAGGUGUCACCCCCCUUGCGAGGAAUAUUGUGAAACUAGCAACCCAUGUUGAGAGAAGGCUGACCAUGGGAUGGAAAGGGUAUGAGAGGGUGAAACAGCAAUUUCUCGAGCAUCAUAUGGAAGAACGAAUAGCGCAUGUUCUUAAAGAAGUCUUGAGGAAAGCGAAGAACCGUACUUAGUUUAACAAGAGCAUUCCGUGGUCUGUAUUUUUCCAUUGAAAAUGGGGACCAAACCUCGAAAAGUAAUUCUUAGGCGGUUAACUUGUAGGGAGAUUACAGAAUCACGGGUUGGCCUAGUGUUUGGAGGCUUCUCCUUCCACCACAAGGGUUUGGUUUUCCUAGAGUGCGGAUUGAUUCCCGCUCCCCUCCUUAUCUGUAGAAGGUUCUUCGGUUUUACUACAAGUUAAAAAAAAAAAAAUCUUUUAGGAAGAUUAGAUUCAAAGUUUACAAAUCACAUUCAAAGGUGUAUAUGUUGAAUCAUAAGUUUUACGAGAAAUUGGUGUUCUUGUUUUUUUUAUAUAAUUUUUGAAAUGUUGUUCAGAAUGUACUUUGAACAAGUUGUUCAUUUGAAUUCUUGGA